AUGGCAGUGACCGAUGAUGGCAGUGACAACGAUGAUGGCAGUCACAUCAAGAUGGCAGCAACGAUGAUGACAGUGACAACGGUGAAGUCAGUAACAACAAUGAUGGCGGUGACAAAUAAUGAUGGUAGUGACAACGAUGAUGGCAGUAACAUCAAGAUGGCAGUGACAACGAUGAUGACAGUCGACAACGGUGAAACCAGUAACAACAAUGAUGGCAGUGACAACAAUGAUGGCAGUAACAACAAUGAUGACAGUGACAGCGGACAUGACAAUGACAGCGGACUUGACAGUGACAUCGGUAAUGGCAGUGACAACGAUGAUAACCGUAUCAGCAAUGAUAGCAGUGAAAAUGGUGACGGCAGUGAAAACAAUAAUGAAAACUAA